GGAGAAAAAAAUGGCCGAUAUUAAAUGACUGGUCUCCAGCACGUAGAAUCCUAUGGACUAAAGAAGCAGAAGAGAAGGCAAGAUUAAAUACAAAAGAAAUAAAAAUAACAAAUCACUCUAUACGUUAGACAGCAGUCAGUAACCUGGCGAAAGCACGGGUGGGUGAACAUCAAUAAAUUAAAAUUACUGGCCAAAGUUCAGCCAACUCAAUUAAACCUUAUCUGCAAAUGGAUAAUGAGCAUUAUUCCAACAUCAUACGCACCCUUAGAAGUGACGCCUCAGAAUCUCUAGCUAAAAGACAGAAAAUAGAAGAUCCUGCAGCCACUCCUCGAGGUUUUCACUCUACAGCUGGACCCAUCAACAACAUUAACGGUUUACCUACACCCAACGUUAUUAAUGAGUUAAAUAUUUCCAACAAUACUCCUACUGUGUACCAAAAUUGA